AUGUCCGGCACCACUUCUUCACCGAAGGGCCCGAGGCGGAGCAGAGACGUUCCGGCAAACUCCUCAUGCCGGUCAGUUUCUCAGGCGUCAGGGUUGUCAUUGGCGCAUGGGUCGCGCUCGAGCCGCAGUGGACUCUACACGAAAGACGGCGUUAAAUUUUCUCCCACCCGUCGGAAGUUUCGAGGAAUGCGCGGCAAUUUACAAGAGCACUGCACAGCACAUAUCUGCCGCUUCUCCCCUUACCGGCCCCCCUCAGCCGUCAUUCUGGACCCCUAUCCGAAUUCGAGCAUCAACUCGCUCUGCGUCGUGGGCCUCACCACUUUAGUGACGGUGCACCGCACUGGCGUUCGACUUUAUCGGGAGCGACAACUUCCCGCGCUGGACACCUCCGCGGCACAGCCCACGUCUCAAUCCUCUUCGAUGUUGGGUAUGGUUGCAAACCGGAUUUCUAGCAGCGCAGCCGUGCCCAGGGCAUCAGCUGCUGCGGUGCUGCCCGGCGCCUGCUCUGCGACAGGCGUGUUCGAACUGAUCGAGACGCGGCAGAGGUUUCAGGUCCGUGAGUCGUACCUGUGCGCGGCAAUGCAGCCCGUCCUUGUCGAUGGCGCUCUCUUCCUGUCCAAGUGGAGUCGGUACUUCUCCAUCGCGUCUGGUAGCGACCGUAUGGUGCACGGCGUGUCCGUCAUGAGCAGCGGCGCGCACUUCUGCCUAGGCCACACGCAGCACCGGACGAAUAAGGUGGUGUGCAUGCAGUGCACACAGGUGGCUCUCGAGCCGUGUCACCCGCUCUCCUUGACGCCGGCUGUGGUGAGCAUCGACGAGGUGGGCACGGUGGUGCUCUUCGACGUUGAAAAGGAGGCGGCAGCGGUGCUCGAGCGGGCGCCGCUGUGGUAUCGGCAGACCAACGCGCGUCCCAAGGAAAAGAGAAUGGCUGCAGAGGGCAGCAAAUUCACGAGUGCCACCGGGGAUAGUGGUGCGCAGGCCUGCCGCGGCCCACGCCAGGCCCCUCUGCAGCAGCAGUACCUCACACCGGAAGAGGAGGACCACGUGCUGAGCACAAUGGAGAAGGCGUCCAUGUCGGAGCGCAUCUUCUACCACCUUGAUCACGGCGUCGCCACGCGCGUUGCUCUUGUCGGGCCGUGUGUGGAGCUCUGCAACCGCUGCCACAACGCCUUCUCGCGAGCGUCGUCGUCAUCAGGAGGGUACAGGCUGGUAAGCGUGUACCUCUCCUCACGUGCACGAGACGUGCCUGCCGAUGCGGUACAACCAGAGCAGCUAAGGGAUGGCGAGGGCGACGGGGUGGCCGAGCUCAACACUGUUCUGCUGCGGGUUCUUUGGGGUCCUCGCCGCGCCUUUGUGCUGGAGGAGGUGAGCCUCGUACAGGAGGUGGCUCCGACACGUGUGUGCGAUGUUGGCAUCGCCAUCUACGCGCCUCCGUAUCAGGUAGGCAUACCCAUGACAGUCAUACUGGCGAGACCCGCGCUGGAGCUGUGGAGCUUGUGUGGGUGCACCGGAGAUCUUAUCGAGACGCGCCGAGUGUAUGCCGCCAACAGCGACGUCCCCCGCCCCGGCUGUCGCCUUGCCGUCUCGGAGUUUUUUCUUCACUGGGUCCCCCUCGGCCGCCACCGACUCGUGGUCGAGGAAGGCGCAGAGAGCGAGGAAGAGAGGUCGUGGUCCUGCACCGCUGCCGUGACGAACAGUGGCACGGUGCUGUUGCUUGGCAGUGCACCGAUGCCCGUGGCUCGCAAAGCACUAGGGGCGGCUGCGCUGGUUGCCGCGCCUCACGUCGGUGAUCCGUGGCGUGUUGCAAUGGAGAAAGAGCUGGCGGCGGAGUCCUUUAAAGAUACGGACCUGGAGGCCUGGCUGGAUGACAUCCGCUCUCCUCCUUCGCGGUCCUCGUCGUCAGCGGUGGCAGAGAGCGGCUCAACGGCCCCUGCAGCCACAAAUGCUGCUGAGGCGCCGGCUGAGGAGACUACGGCCGCGUAUAACAACAACAACGUCUCAGCUGACCAUCACGCCGUGACUUUUCCAUACACGGUGCUGAUGGAGUUGUACGCCCCCCAGCGGUCCUACAACAGCCGCAAGCGUGAGAGCACAUCUUCCACCCCGACAGGUGUGCUGUCUGUAUUGCCCGACUGGGCGGCGAAUCGCCUGCUGCUCUUCAUGGCAGACCAUGAGGUGUUGCUGAGCGUACCGCUGCCAUUUGCGGAGCGCGUGGGUACCCUGACCGACGCCCAGCAGCACGACGCGGACGACUGCAAGGUGAGCGAUGUUGCUGCGGAACCUCUUGCCGCUACGAAUGAAGUCGAUGGUACUCCGUCCUCGUCUUCCGCUGCUCAAACUCAUCACGCCACCCAGGAGGAGGCGCAGGCAGGCGGCGUGGCUCAGUAUUUAAGAGGUGCCACGCGGAAAGCACUCGCGGCCGCUUCGCAGGACUGGUCGUCCUCAGUACAGCGCUGGACUCCGUCCACAUCUUCGUAUUUUUCUUACUUUGAAGGUGCCGGCUGUGCGACUACCAAAGCCUCACCACUGUAUAAACCACAGUCGACGGAGGCACAGACAUCAGUGGCAGAUAACCGCGCAGCGGCGCCAUCAUCAGGUGCCGCUGCGGGGUCAUUGUCCACUACUGUCACAGCCAGCAGCAACGAGUCGUACCGCUUCUUCAGUUUAACACGCCCUUUGAUGGCUGCUCUGUUUCAGCUGACGGGCGACUCUGACGAGCCAGCGCCGCCGACCGUCGUGAGGGCGCCACUCAAGGAGACAGUGUCUAGUGUGAAGAGCGAAGCGAUAGCUCCUAAUAUCGAACUAUUGGCGCCUCCUGUGCAGCAAGGCAGUAGCGGCGACAUCGCGCCGCCACCUCCUUGUCCCGUGUCUCUGGCUGCCUAUGCUGUUGGUCAGCACAGCGGCAGUCGGCACUGCCACCGCUACCACGACUCCUCGCGAAAGAGCAGCAAAGCAGGCAGCUCACGCCACUGCCGCACGCGGGAGUCCCAACACUCACGCAGCGGCACACGUGCAAGCUCUACGGCUGCUGCACACACUGUCACUAUCGAAGAUGGUGCUGAGGUGCAGGCGUCUUACAUCUCUGCACAGAUAGCCAUUUUGAAGAAAGAAUCGGAGGAGCGGAGCGGCAGUUGCGCCUCCGAGACCGGUUCCACGGAGGACGAGGCUCACCGCGCACGACACGAGUCUGUCUCGACCGGGUCACGGUGGCAGUAUGCGCUGUGCCAUAUUACCGAGGUGGAAGAGCCGCUGAAACGCAACGCGCUGCUCUACGCGUGGAAGGAUGAACACAAUGACCUCUACAUCCGCUUCUCGGUGGAGCAGGACGAUCUGCGUCAGCGUGAGGCCGCUGACGAGCGGGACGGGCACGGAGUUUUUUUCUCACCAAGAAGCGAGAGCGGUUCCGUCUCACCUGUUGUGUCGAAGCGCAGUCGCCGGGAAGCCAGGCCACGCCUGAUGCUCUACCGACCAGCAGAGGUGGAGGACGGCGUUCACUCAGUGGGCUUCCUCUCGCAGUACAAGGCUGUCCUGCAGAAGCGGGCCGCCACGUCCAGCUGCGGGAAUGGCUUCGACUUCAGCUCGUACUUUUCAACCCUCCAAGUGCCGCAGCACGUGCUGGAUGUGCAGGAGCGAGAUAAAUGCUGGCUGGAGCUGGAGGACCUACGCCUGCAGCAGGCCAGGGACUUGGCGAGCCUCCACCCCUACGAUGUGGUGACGGUCUUCCAGAACGAAGAGCGGUCAACUGCCAAGGACGCAGAAUGGCGGCUGCACGCCACCUUCCCCUACGAUGAUGCACAAGAUGGACAUGUUGUGGAUCUUCAGCAGCUCAACCGCACUGCCCUAGGAAACCUCGCGGCGGCCGCAGCGUCGGAGUGGCGGUGGGCCGAUGCCUCGGAGACGAAGAUGUGGGCCAAAGACUACGGUCUUUCGCGGUGCUCUGUGAACCGCGUUAAGAGCCUCAUGAAAGAUCUGAAGGACUGGGAGGUGGGGCCGUGGGCCUACGCCACGCGCUGGCCAUCGAGAGAGGAAGAGCUGCGAGGCGAUAGUGGCUUCAUGUGGAGCACCUCCGAGUCCCCUGAACACACGUGUCGUCGCCGCCGACUUAGUCGCCUGCGCAUCAACAUUGCCGAACUAAAGCGCCAUACUGAGCUCACGGCGUCUCAUCAGCGAGAGCUGGAGGAGCUGCGAGAAGCGCUGGGACUGUAG